AGUCCGUCUGUCCGUCAGUCGCGCCGCGCGCACCGAGGUCUCCGCUCCUCUCUCGCCGAGCGCCAUCCUUCGCGUCCGCAACCGCCCUUAUCAAAACAUUCCCGCAUUGGGAUCGAUCUGCACGUCUCUACGCUAUCCGUGAUAACGCGUACGACCCCCAGAUGACGUUGCGGCUCCAGUGCCCCGUUCAAACAGUGUUGUGACUUAUGCCUUGUGAUUAUCAGUUAUCGGAUUAUUGUUUACGAUUUAUGUUUUGAUUCAUCGUAUUACAAGAACAGCAUCAAGCGUCGCCUGCGCACGCCGUCCGUCUGCUCCAUGAGCAUUCCUGGUAUGAGAUUAAAGUGUGUAGUGCACGCGCGAUGGAUGCGUGAUCGGUCAUCAUGCGCCUCUUCCGCGGGCCGAAGCGCAGGGAAGUGACCGGGCCGCAGGCCGCGACGUCUCCGCGCGGAGACCUCGCCGCGCACACCCCGCACAACUACACGCUCGUCACCGCACUCCCCGCAAUGGUCAUGGAGGACGAUGUCAAUGAUAUGAAGAAAGUUUUUACAACAUGGGGUCGACGAAUGGGAAAAAAGCUCGACAUGUUAAAAAAAGCUGAUAUAAAAGAACCUUCUGAGGAACUAGAAAAAAAUGGAAACGUAAACGAUGAUAAUUCCGUGAUAAGUACAGGGCAGUAUAAAAAAAAAGGAAAUUGGAAAAUGGGCAGAAGUAGCUCGGACUCUGCAUCUUUAAAAAAAGACAAUGAUACCGACUCUAUAAGGAGUGGCUCAAGGGAUAGAUCACCUAGUCCUUUUAAGUCUUUUUUUCAUAGAAUGGGUUCAACUGGAAUGUUAAACAGUUCCAAAACGCAAUCUUUAAAUACACCUAAAUCUUCCGAUAGUUAUUCCCUAACAAAUGGUCCUUCGUUGUAUCGCAGUUGUUCUACAUCACAUUUAUCGACAUAUGUUAAAGCUGACGAUCCUUCUGAUGAUAUAGAUCUUCAAAAUACAAAUCCUGAUAAAACAUCUCCUUCUAAACAAAAACAUAACCUACCCGAGGAUAAUUUAGUAGGUUCAUCGGCUAAGGCCAUUAGUUGUGAUAAUAUUCCUAAUAAACUAGAUGGAAGCCAAAAUACAGGUUCGUGUAAAAAACCCAAUUUCCCAUACGCGUUUUUACGAUCUAAACUAUCAGUUUUACCUGAAGAAAAUAGUAUGGCUUCACAACAUAGAUCUGUAUCAGUCAGACAGAGCUUUUCAGAAAGGAUUGAUCGCAAAUCGCCUAAAUUUCGAAGAGAAAGAAUAUAUUUGCCAAAUUCUAGAUCAGAAGAACGAUACCAAAGCAGUGAUAAUAUAUCCGUCCACGAAGAAAGCUUACUUAUGAAUACAGGACUUAGAAGCAAUUGCGAAUUUGCUAGAAGUUCGAUGAGAAGCAUCCAUGACACGGAUAUAAACUCAUAUCAAGUACGGCGCAUCGAAGAUAUUACUCGACGGUCAUCUAUGAUAUCUCAAAAGGGGCCUUUUGAUUAUGAUCCCAUGUUAAUGCCGAGAAAUAGAAAUAGUUUGCCGGUAUAUGACUAUAAUACAACAUUAGGAUCUUCACAGGAUAUGAAACCAGACCUUGCAUCUUCAACUCAAAGUAUACACCAAGAAGUGCUUCAAACUCACCGUCUCAGCAACUAUGUUAGCUCAAAUGAAUCAGGAUACGACAGCGAUGGAAGACCGACAGAUGAGCACAUAAAUCAUUCUCCUCCGGGCUACUCAUCUAAUAUGAAAACCUCAUCUAAUAUUGUAAAUGGAGAAUUAAAUCACAGUACGUUUUCACGACAGUUGAGUUUAAAUCAUAAGAUAAACAUGAAUAGAGCGCAAAUUCCAACAAGAAGAAGUUCUACUCCAUGCGCACUGUUUCCUAUUGAGAAAAACAUAUCAUAUGAAAAUGAAAAUACAAAUAAAUAUAAAAACAACGACUCAAAUCAUCACAUUAUGGUUGAUUAUAAUGAUGCUAAACCACCGCCCCUACCAAAGAAAACCAUCAAUAAAAAGAUACCUUACAUUUACAAAACAAUCACUUUAGACGAACGAGUGCAAACUAGAAAAAUUAAAUUAUUGCAGUCACAAUUGGUAUCUAUCGAUCAUUCUUCAACGCCGAAUCUUAGCGAAAGUUUAUUAAAUAUGUCUGAAGACCUAAUUGAUGCACAACAAAUACAUGAAACGGAUAUUCUAGGUCGAGGUCCUUGUACUAAGAGAUUCAGAAAAAUAAGACUAUUGAAAUCUAGGCUCGAUGAAAGCUUGGGAGUUUAUUUAGCACAGCAUAGAGUAGAUUUCGAUAGUGGUGGAUCAAAUUAUGAGAUUCGAUAUAUUGUGGUAAAACUGGAUUUUGACGGUAUAGCUCACAGGGAUGGAAGACUUCGAAUAGGUGACGAAAUAGUUAACGUAAACGGCAAAGUAUUGCGGGGGCUCUCUUCUUUACGAGAUGUACAGCACAUAGUGAAUUCUUGUUCUACUGAAGCAUCGAUUGAAGAUGGCGCGCUAUUUCAGAGGUAUCAAGUUGACCUUGUAAUGGCUCACGAUGAAAUUUCUCCAAUUACAUUAAGUCGAAUUAUAAACAAUCAAACUUCUGAACAAACUUCAAUGCAUUCUAUGUCUAGCGUUCCACCGGAUAUUAUAUCGCAAACGGUACAUAAACCAACUUCGUCUAGCCAAAUUGUAAUAGAAACACAUUUUCCAACCGAAGAUCAUUACGCACAAAGUGCAAAUUGUUCCAAUGAUUACUCUAACGAAAAGUCAGAGUCAAAUCAAAAAUGUGAAGUUGGAGUGCAAGUAAACAAUAGUCUAUUGUUAUCAAAUCAAAAAAGUGACGACGAAAAAUUAUUAGAGCGGAACUGUUAUACGCAAUCUCAUCCGUCUCUACAAAAUAUCACAAAUAUAGAAAUUUCAAUGAGAUCGUCUCCAACUCCAAGACACUCUAAUAGUAAUAACUAUAGACCAAUAUCACUUCACAGUUCACGACCCCAACCAUUACUUGGUUUACCGACGUGUAACGAUAAUGCAACGAAUGAAAUUAAAGAAAAUUCUUCGCAUUAUAUUAAAAAUGCACAGAGGUUAUACCAAAACCGGUCUUUUGAGAGCAUACCGGAGCAAAUAAGAAGUAACAGCCGUAGUAGAUUCUUCAACAGAGUCGGUUCGCAAAGAUGUUCACCUAACUAUAGCUCACAUGUAUCCCGCCAUCAAGAAUACGCCAGACAGGAAAACAUGCAUUCUUCUUAUAAUACAUUGCAUAUAGCUGAAUUUUGGAAAGGAGCCGGUCAGAAGAGUCUCGGGUUUAGUAUUGUCGGUGGAACUGAUUCUCCAAAAGGGCAAAUGGGAAUAUUUGUUAAGACAGUUUUUCCAAACGGUCAAGCAUCAGAUAAGGGAACUAUCUAUGAAGGUGACGAGAUCUUGUCUGUGAACAACGUUCCAACGCGUGGACUCAGCCACGCUGGUGCAAUUUCGUUGUUUAAGCAAGUAAAAGAAGGAAAAAUAGAAUUGACGCUUUCAAGAAGAAGAGCUCCUAGGUCAAGAUCUGUUGAACCUCUUGGUAAUUUUCGCAGUGACGGCAAAAGAGAUUAAUGCUAGAUGAGCCAAAAGCCCCAAAGACGAACGUGUUUCAUUGAGUGCAAUAAAAUUUAAUAUUUUACUUUAUUAUUAGGCCAAAGGCGAACAACACUUAUAUUACUAUUUACUCGUAAGCUACUUCUUAGUUAUAUAAGAGUACGUGGUACUAUACUAUGCUAUAGUAUAUGAGAUCACGUGGUCGUCGCCACCGAGGUUCUCAUUUGUGUUGAUAACUAAAGUGAUUAAAAAUAAUUUACAGAUUUUAAUUGUCAGCUUUAUUAAAAUAUAAUGUAUAUAACACGCAAUUUUAUAUUCCUACUGUCUUAAAUAAUAAUAUAUGUGUCGAUAUUUAAUGUUAAAUGUUGAUAGGUAUUUAUAAUGUGAAUAUCAUAAGACUGUAUGCAAUUUAUACAGUUCUAAACUUAUAUGUUAAGUAUAUAAUAUUAUAAUAUCCCGUUAGGAAUGCUAGAUCUCGUUACUUGCUAUAAAUUGUACGUAUUUCAUUAGGUGCUAAAUAAUAGCGUACACCUUAACUUAUAUCUCGAAUAUGAUAAUAGAAAACUUUAAACUUAACAAUUAUAGACUGAUAUUACAAUUUUCUAUAACAUUUAUUUGUACCUAUAUUCACAACCAAAGCUUAGUAAUUAUGUGGAUAUUAUUUAAAUAAUUUUAAACACUUUAUUGCUGUGCAACAAGCCGCUGGUAAAAACUAUCGGCGAAUCUGCUCCGUCCAUUGAAAUUGAAAUUGAAGAGAAUCGACUACAGUUUUAUUCAUUUAAAAAUUGGCAACACAAACGGCGUAGGAGACAACGCGACAUUUAAAACGAUACAAGUGAACCGAUACCAUCCAAAACGAACGAAAUUAAACGUUAAGGUACUUCAAACAACAGUAUUGUUAAAAUAUUAGUUUUAUAUUUUGUAAAUAAUUUAUUAAGAUACCUCCCAAUGCUUCCACGUCUU